ACAGGUUGAAGCAAGUAUUACCAAAAGUGAUUAGUCCAAACCAGUCUGCAUUCAUUAAGGGAAGACUAAUAACUGACAAUAUAGUUUUGGCUAAUGAGCUGGUGAGGUGGUAUAGAAGGAAAAAUGUGUCCUCUAGGUGUGCUCUUAAGAUAGACAUAAUGAAAGCUUUUGACAGUGUGGAUUGGGAUUUUCUUUACUGUGUGCUGCUUGCAAUGAGGAUCCCAGAAAGAUUUUUCAAUUGGAUUAAGGGUUGUCUUGAAUCUACUAGUUUUACUGGUUGGAUAAAUGGGGGGCUUAUUGGCCAUUUUCAAGCUCAUAAAGGGUUGAGGCAGGGGUGUCCCCUUUCUCCCUACUUAAUUGCAGCUAGCAUGGAGAUUCUUAGUUGUAUGCUGAACAGGGAAGCAACUAGAUCAGUGCUACCAUACCACCCUUAGUGCAGUCGAAUAGGUCUCACCCAUCUAUGUUUUGCAGUGACAUGUUGGUAUUCACUAAAGGGUCUGUAGAAGGAGUAACAGUGAUUGAUGAAAUCCUUCAGAAAUUCUACUUAGUGUCUGGUUUGCAGUGUAACCCUAGCAAAAGUGAAAUUUUUAGUGCUGGAGUGACAGAGCAAUUAAAAGGGGAACUAGUGCGACAUUCAGGAUUCAGGGAAGGGGAAUUGCCAGUCAGGUAUCUAGGGCUGCCAUUGAAUGCUGGGAAACUGACUGCUGAAGACUGUAAGUCCUUGAUUAGCAGGAUAACAUGGAGGAUUUUAGGCUGGCAACCAAAGCUGCUGUCUUAUGCAGGGAAGCUAGAGUUUGUAGUCUCUGUACUAUCCAGUAUGUCCCAGUACUGGAUGAAUGUUAUUCUACUGCCUAAUAAGGUUAUAAAAGAAAUAGAGAAUCUAUGUUCACAGUUUCUUUGGAGUGACUUUGAGAAGAAGAAGCGAGCCAAGUUUGCCUGGAAAACAGUGGCUCUCCCUCGAACAGAAGGUGGUAUGGGGUUCAAAGACUUACACUCCUGGAACAAAGCUUGCCUAGCUCGACAUUUCUGGGGAAUCCUAUCUGACCAGGAUACCCUAUGGAUAGCAUGGUUAAAUGAGUAUCGACUUCGUGAUCAUAGCAUCUGGGAAGUACAAACGAUGGGAUCCUGGGUGUGGAACAAGAUACUAAAAAUUUGAGGUUUGGUAGAAGGAAGGGUAUGCAAAACUGAUCGUGGCAUAGAAUGGGAUGGGGAGCUAAUGCAGAAGUUCCAAAUUAGCAAAGUAUGGCAUGGUCUGCGACCAAGAGGAGAUCCAGUGCAAUAGUCUGGAUUGGUUUGGAAAGGAGGCAUCCCUAAAAACUCAGUAUUAACCUAGCUUAUUAUUAUUGAUAGAGUCAAUACACUAGAUAAAAUUAGAAGGUGGAAUCCUGAUGUGUGUACUACCUGUUCUCUAUGUGGUAGUGUAGAAGAAACAAAAGAACAUAUAUUCUUCUUGUGUGAGUAUGUACAGGAAGUAUGGAGUACAGUUUUCCCUAGUUCUUGCCAGCUCCCUUUGUCAAGCUCACUGCAUCAAGCAGCAUUGCAGGCAACUCAGAAGUUGGGGAAGUGCAGAGUUGGAAGGAUCUUGUGGUGCUUGGUAGUCAGUGAAGUUUGGAGAGAACGCUGCCGCAGAUUAUAUGGCCAAAAGCGAUUAACAGCAGCAACUUUGGCUCAGAAGAUGCAGAGGGUCAUGGAAGCAAAAACUCAUGGGGACCAGAGUGUUGCUAGUUCUCCUGCCGCUCAAAAACUGUGGUAUAUAGGGAGCUAAUCGAUGUAGUUUGUGUAUGGUUUACUAGAGUUGCUAUUUGUACAGUCUGAUAGGAACAAAAAAACACUGCUUGUAUUCCCUGAUCGUAUUUGAUGAAUAAAACCACCCAUUCAUCGGAAGAAAAUCCUUGUAUUCCUACAAACUACAAAAUCAUGUAACCUAAUAAAUGAAAAGUUGUAAGACAUAAAUAAACCCAAAAUGUACUAUUUGAUUCUUGGUGAAGAAUUGUGUGAUUAGAGGAACUCACUUAGUUGAUUCAUAAAGCUAGGUAUAUCAUGAUGAUUCACUUUGUAAAUAAUUACAGUUAUUAAUUAAUUCGAUGAUUGAUUGUUGCGGUGAAUAGUCCUAUGAUUUUGAGAUAUUUUAGUAUUUUCUCUUUAAUUCAAAAAAUACAUAAACAUUGUUAUAAUCCAGUUGGUUAGGGAUAUUCAUUAUCAAUCUGAAGGACUCAAGUUCAAGUCUUUGUAAUGACAUUUUUUUCUCAUAAGAAGAUAUUUAAGUUCUAAGUUGAACUUACAAAUUUACCCCUAGCUACAAUUAAGGAGAGUGUAAGGAAUUUGAAAUGCUCAAACUCUUCUGAAGUAAAACUAUAUAUUAUAGAGGGAAGGGACAAGCAUGUAUGUACGUACUCGGCCUGUUGGCCGCCAUUUUCAAUUACGUCAAAUUAUAUACUUUUUACUAAUUAUAUACUAUUAUUUAUUUAAAGGGGGAGUAGCACCAGUUUAUACAUCUGCCACUGUUUGAUGUAGAUUCCCUGGAUAGAGCUGAUCCUUGGGUUUGCCCUGGAUUCUCGACGCAGUGUUUUGAUCUUGAUACGGAUUGGGAAUGACUUACCAUUCUACCUGAACUUUGAAGCCCAUCUUUUCCAUUAAUAGUUUUGUUUUGCUAUGUCCUGUAUUCUGAGGGCCACCAUUUUCCAUGCUAUACAAACAAUGGUCUAGUGUUGGUCUCGUCUAUUUGCGGUUACUUCUAUAGUUCUACUCUUGUUUGUGCAGCAGCUUGCGCUGUUUUGGUAACCUUUUAAUCAAUAAUAUGAUAUGACCUUUAUAAAAAAUGUACUUAAUCAGCACAAAUUAUAUUUUUGUAGUUUGAGAUUUUUAUUAUCAAUAUGGUACAAUUUCACACAGCUUGUUCGCGUUGACUAAUGAAUUUCGUAGCAAUAAUAAUAGACUCAUUGUUAAGAAAUUAAAUUGGUUUAAAUUUUUUAUCUGAGUUAUUUUCACUUGGUUUCUCUUGGGUUAUGAAGGUUCGAGACAUGUAAAUAUAUUUUUUAUAAAUCAUAAGCAUCCAAGUCAUAAUAAUUUCCAAGUUACAUGACUAUACGGAUUCGAAUAAAUAAAUCUUAGGUUGUAUCUUAACCCACGGGUAAUAAAUACUAAAAAUGCAG